AUUCCGAGUUUUUGGGUUACAAUCUAGGGAAGCUUAAUGUAGCCUUCACAGUUUUCGGAUCUUGAUGUAACAGUUUAGCGUCAAUAGUAGUGACAAUGGCAGUAAUUUUAAAUCCUUAGAUUUUCUGUCUUUGUGUAGGUGCACUUGAAGUUAUUGAUGCCUGAUGGAUCAUUCUUUGAGCAUAAAUAUGACCAAGAUACUACAGUUGAGCAAAUUACUUCUUCUUUGUUCAGUGAUUGGCCUGAUAGUUUGGGAAGGAAGCCAGAUUCAAAUCACUUGAAACUUAUUUUCCAGGGUCGAUUUUUGCAUGGCGCUCUCAAACUGUCAGGUGUGUUUCUCCACGAAUACGUGAUAGCUUAUCAGUGUAUUUAUUAUAUUGCUUCUAGUUUGUGUCAUGUCUAUUAUUUUUUCUGAUAGUGUCAUGUGAUACGCUCUGUUUCAAUCUACUGUAAAGGACGAGUGAGUUAUUUACGAUCUAGUACUAAAGAAUUAAGUUAUGCUUAAUCAGCUUGUCAUAUAGAUCUUCAGCAAAGCAAGAUACAAAAAGAAUAAACGAGCCGUUCGGCUAUUAAUUUCAACAACGGGUUUUGUAAGAAACGGUCUGACCUUGUUAUAGGACUUACUGAAUACAGGCUACAUGAUUGAAGUUAUUCGGUAGGACUAUAUUCCAUUAACGACCUUUGAACGAAUUUUUAAGUGACCUUGAAACUUAGCUAAUCAGAAGAGAGUUAGUAUAAAGUGAAAACACAUGAUAAAAAAAUUAUGAAUUACGGCGGAUAUUCUUCUUUUACAUGGUUUAAAACUUGUUAAGUUUAGAUAAAGGUUCAAAUGUCCUGAAAUCAUAGUGCAUAGGGUUAGGGUUUAGGGUUGGAGUUAGGGGUUAAGGUUAGAGUCUAGGUUAGGGUGCGCAAACCCAAGUCUAUGGAGGCAUCUAUACGCUUUCCAAUCAUCGGUAUAUAUCGUACUGCCAGGCUGUACGUACUGUAACAUCUGCAAAAGCCGCAGCCAAUGUUACUGGUGACUUCAUAAUCCAAUUUGCAACAGUUAUCAUGAUUUGCCUUAGUCUGAGUCGUGAUCGAGCGAAGAAAGUGCCAGAUUUUAUCUUCUAACAUAUAGUACGACGAAUUCUAAUGUCAUCACGGUAGUCUGCACACCAUGCUGCAGUCAUUUAAUUGCCACAGUCACAGAUACAGGAACUUUUUAAUAGUCCCAUCUGUUGUAGUCGCUCAAAAAUCACCUCUUCUCUAAAAUUUGCUGUAAAACGAUCGAAUAUGAGCAUUUCGUAUUGAACUUAGCGCCGUGACCUUAAAAUUCCUCACACGCUUCUGAUUGGCUCGUCCAUAAAUUAGAGUCUUACCGGUUAUUCUACCUGGAGCUCACAGUCGCAUCACGAAGGUACCCCUUAGAAAUUAACUCAUUCUAAGUGAUAGAUAAAGCGGAACCUCACUUUUUCACUCUACGAGUGUGCUACUGAAAACGCUUUCACACCAAAUGAAAUCACAGCCUCUGACUCUGUAGACAGUUUAAGGAGACUACAUAAUCGUGUAUGUAGUUGUGGGUUAUCGUAUUACACAUAGAAUAGCAGUUAAGUACACUUGUAUAUAGUAAGGAGUUAUUUUACUGAUCAGUCUUACCUUCACCUCAUGUCUCGGUAUGAAUAGCAUAUCUUACCCUAUUUUAUCUCUGAUUAUUCCCAUUCAUCUGGUUAUUUUAAUAUAGUAAUGUGUUUACUUGUCUCUCUCUCUCUCUCUUAUUUGUUCAUAAAUAGUCCUCUCCACUACAUUUUAUCACCAUAGUUUAUAUUACAACCAAUUAGACAACUGUUCGAUGGCGUUACAGCUGCUAUCCCCAGCAACCCCAUUUCCCUGGGACAAAGGCAUCCACUUAUACUCUAUACGUAACUAAAACUAGGGAAUCAUUGAACUGAUGAGCUUUCUGAAAUAUCCUAGUUUUCGGAGAUUCUACUUCAACACUGUUCAGAGACCGAUUAUAAGUUACAUUUAUAUAGAAUCUGAAAAUACCUAUUGUGUAUAUUGAAAGAAAUAGAUUUGACUGUGGGAUUGCUACAUAACCAUUAAUUGUGUUGAAAUCACUAGGUGGGACUCACCUGUUUUUUUAAGUGUUCAGCAUGUAUCUAUGUGUAAUUCAUUUUCAGAAUUGAAACUACCCUCUGAAACGAUUACAAUGCAUUUAAUUCAACAUAAAACGAUGUCAUUGGCGAGGACAAAUGGUAAGUAUAAUUAAACACCCAGCUAAAUGUAAACACUUCCACCAGUCUUUUUAAUAAAUUACUGUCAGUAAAGGACCCUUUCAGAAUGAUUUACUUGAAAACCUUUUAUUAUGAAAACUUCCAUAAACAUAGUUAAUGCGCGUACAAUACACUUUGAUUGUUGGUAGAUUAUCAAAUCAAAAGCCAUUAUUUUUGAUAGUUCAGCACAUGCUUUAAAGUAAUUGGCUUUAUUGGUGUUUAAAAUCAUUGAUUUUACUCGAUAGUGACUUAUAGCUAUCAAGGUGGAUUAGAGAAGUAAUAUCAUUUGUUCUUUGUAGGUUUUACCAUAUUAGAUGAUUCGUUUGAAGUAGUGGAAGGUCAGAGGUAUCUGAUCUUUCUUUGCCCUUUGAAAACAUCUUUAGUGGUUUCAUUAUUCCUAAAUCAUUUCCCCCCUGACCUACCUAUGUUUCUAAUGUUGGUAACUAUUUGUAUUGAAACAUUUAUUGACAGGGUUCUCAGAACAAAAUGUAAUAUAUGUGUGCAUAGGUGUCAAACAAAUUUAUUUCUAUUAACUUUUCAGGGCGAAUUAUUUAAAAAAUAAGGGGGUUAACUACUUAAAAAGAUUGUCAUUUAGGAUUACUUUUAGAUGGUAUUUGUUAUAUAAUGAAAAACAUACUAUGAAGCUCAUCGGCGAGGCUACCCUGUACAAAAGAUAUGCAGAAGAUAUACUUGCUAUACGUAAAUCACAGUUUGAUAGAUCGUGUAGUAUACAGAACUAUAUCUUGCUAAGCCGAGUAGGGUUUUUAUCAUAUCAUGCAAAAGUGAGCCAUCAUAAUUUUCAAGCCUAGACAGUAAAGUCAUCGGGGAGGUAUUAUGUUGCCCAGUUGAUCGUCAUUGCAAAGGGAGAACCUGUGAUUUCAGACAAUUUCGAACAUCGUGUGGACAAUUACGAUACACAUUCCACUUCGUUCACAUAUGUGCAUGCGCGUGCACACGAAUAUAGGGGAGGGGGUAUUCGAGGUAUGUACUUGAGGGUGGUUGGACAUUUACUGGGAUUGCCUCAAGCUUUCUCGGUGUCAUUCUCAGGUGAGCACAAAAAAUAGAUAGACACGUCCCUUCAUAUUAUGGUUUAUAACUAGAAAACAUCUCGUAACAUCCAAAUUAGGAUAGAUUUUUAAACCUUCACCUUCCACAUAAAAGUUAAAAAACUGUUCUAUUGGUAUAGGUUCUUAAAUUUGUGAAGAUUUUGAGUAUUAAGAAAAUCUACUUUUGCGUUCAAAAACUUUUUUCAUUUUAAACUUAGGUUGACGGUCCGUAACAUAUUAAUGCCAUGAAUAAUAGAGAGUCUUUUAAUUAUUUCUAUGCUGUACCUUAUCUCCCAUUAAUUUUCAGUUAUCACUUUUAAUCUACUUGACCUUUCACAAGAAAUACCUUUGAAAGUAAAUGUGUAAUCAGAGUGUUUGAAACAUAUAGAGCAUAUAAAUCACAUUUUUUAGGCCAAUUCUAUCUUCUUGCCCUUUCAAAUGUUUUUAAAGAUACUGUUUUAAUGAACGAAUUUAAUGUAAACUCUAAUAAGAAUGAAUUUAUUCAUACUUUGAUAACAGCUGACUUUGAUGUUGCAACUUCAAAUCGUACUUUGGAAUCUAGUAAAACUCAAAGAGUCAACCGUCCUAUUCUGUAUGACUUUUACCAUUAGCAUAGAUAAAUCUGGUAAUCGUUUCAAGGCUCCCACUAUUGAUUCCCAUCCCCCUAGCAUAGCUUCGAACCACCAACUCAAUUAUCAAUAUUCUGAAUUCAUAUGGGGUUUGAGUUUUGAUUCGUUCGGAUUUGACAGUGACGAUUGUUCUCAGCUUUAAUUCAUAUUUUCAAUGUCAUUGCUAAUUUAAAAACAUGUCUUUUUAUGCUUAUUCAUGCAUACUUUGAUAUUUGUUAUCAAUUAUUACAGGUCAACAAAAACGAUUCAAAAGAUGUUGCCCCCUGAAUUGUCUAUGUCUACAUUGAGGUCAUUGUUACUCUUCAUUUGCUUGUCUCUACAAUUAUCUGGACGUAGAUUAUGCCGAUGUCUUUCUUCAGCAGGCCACCAAUUUCCUCCAUUUUUAAAAAAAUAUUCAUAAUUUCUUAGUAGAAAAACAAUACCCUACAGUUUAUGUUGAUUGUUUUAAACCUAGUCACAUUAAGUCAGCAAUGAGUCGAAACAUUCCUAUCCUUCUCUCUCAUAUUCAACCCUUCUUUUUCCUCUUCAACAGGCUUCUAACAAUCAAAAAGAAUUAUAAAACAAUUAGGGAUCUUCUAAUGCAGUAUUUCUUUAUUUAGAGAUAGAAAGAUAAAUAAUAAAUAUUAAUAGUGAAAUGUUCAUUUAUUCAGUUUACUAUUCAUAUUUUGUCUCUUAUCCUUUACAUUUUAUUUAUUUAUGGUUUGCAUCUUUGUACAAAUAAAAUAAUCUCAUUAUGUAAUCAUUAUUGACAUGUCAAAUAUUGAACUUUUGUAUAUGUAAAUGGGUAGUUUAUUCUUAAUGUAGUAUUUUUGUUUUAAUAUCCUAAUUUAUUUUAAUUGCUGUUUCAUUAACAAUGAGUAGAUUUAUAAAAAGAUGAUAUGCUUUUUUGAUCUUCACUGUCUUCUACUUUCCUACUUAUUUAUCAUGACAUAUACACUUCCUAUUUACAAUGUGCAAUAUAGUACUUAGAGUAUU